AUGAUUUUUUAUUCCCCUUUUUCAUUCCUUUCAAAUAUGCGUAUGCCUCUAGUAAUACACAUGGCGCCGGCAGUAAUGCGGCGAUUUACGGGGAGCCGACUUAUUGGCCCUCGGUGUUGCCACAUCGCAACGGAUUCACAUGUUUUCUUUCAGCUUUAUGGCAGACACAUGGAACCAAUGAAUGAAACCGUGCCUCUAUCGCCAUCGCCUCCAUUAAAACUGGAGGUUAGUAACAACUCAUCUUUAUUCACUUCGCAGUUGCCAGCCUGGUCAAAGGCACUUAAGGAGUUGUCGGCACAACUCUACGCAGCCCCACAUAGUGGUUUCCGUCGUCGCUCAGCAAUACAUGCGUUGGAGGUACUCAACAAUGCACUUUCAUUACCGCACGAGCGCCGGAUGCCGUACUGUCAGUCAUUUUGGCAUAAGGCACUUGCCAUUUGUGGCAACAUUGAUGAGGGGGAGGACAUUCGCAGUGCGGCUUUAUUGGCUACAGUUCUUUAUUACGGGGAUAAACAUAAGCGCGUCCUGGCAUUUGCAUCGAAUGUUCAGUGGCUACGGGAGAAGCGGGCCAUGUCUGUGUUGAGGGAAGACACACAAUAUAUUUUGCGGCUAUGCAUAGUUUAUGUACUUUCUUCUUCAUUUGUUGGUGCGAGCUUCCGACCAGAUAUGGUCGAGUGUGUCAAGAUGCAUGCGGAGAAUGCAUUACGUGUUAUGAGAGGUGGAGAAGCAUUGGAAACUGCACGUGAAUAUAGGGUUUUUCUUUACGCUCUGGAUUGGUAUGUAGCGCACUGCGGCAACAUCGAUGCAAGAGAUUUUAUCCGACGGACAUUUGAUCCUCUUGUCUCCGAUAGACUGCGGCCUUUCAUUUUUAGAACGGAUGAGGGAGUUCCCGUAGAGGCAUUUAAAAAGGUAUCACCUGCAUCUAUCCUUCGUAUGGGUGAGAGGUGCCGCGCUGAGGGAAACACUAAAUUGUUGCGGCAGCUUUUCACUGAGGUGAAACAUCGUGAGGAUGUGGACGACAGGUAUCGCCUGUUUAAGCUUAGCUCGAGUCUCGGAAACAUGCUGUCGCUUAUGUCUGAUGUUGAUUCUCGUACACAGUCGGACAUUGUUGCAUGCUGCGGCACAUCUUUGAGCCAUGAGGCGCUCGCUAAAAUUGGCGGUUCCUCCCGCAACUGCUCUGCUGUAUUGCGGGUGCUGUGGAACAUAGGCGGAGAAGAGGCUUACUUCGCUUCUCGGCAGGUUUUGUUUCAUCGGAGCCCUGAAGAGGCCUUGGCUUUUCAAAACGAGUGCGGUGAUGUGCUUUUGGCUGAUCGCAGUUUGGUGUGGGAGACUGCGUUACGGUCCAUGAGUGAGUCGAUCGGGCGUGGUGAUAUAAAUUGGCGGGAAACACUGCCAACGGCUCUUCGCCUAUUGAGUGAUGCAGGCAAGAACUCAGUCUUUUUUCAACUCCUUCGAGAAAGUCACAGGGAGGAUGAAACCGCCUCGCUCAUGACAGCCUCUGCAUUGGGGCAGGCUACACGCCGGUCGGGUCAGUGGUGGCGUGCGCUUGAUGUUGUCGAUAUGAUUGCUGCAUGCGAUCCUCCACGCACGACAGCUGAGGAUAUGUUUCUUCAGGAUGCGUGUCUCCAAACUAUUUAUGCCUUGCGUGAUGCGAAGCGUUGGAAGGAGGCACUCGCCUUUUAUACAUCGUUUGCAUCCAUUGCGCUUCCACCGAUACACCGUUUGUUUUGUUCUGUUAUCUGCGGGAUGCCGCCAUCGUCCCCAUGGGAGGCUGCGUUGACUGUUGCUCAAACCUAUGGUGAGGUUCCGGAGAAGUUUCUCAGAACGUUACGUUGCGCUCGCACCCCCGAUGCAGUCAUGUGCGCUUCCACUGAGGGCGCGCCGUUGGGGCUUGGCACAUCUUCACUCAAGUCGCGGCGGUUCAUUUUGCAGGGAUUUGCUGAGGGUGGGCACUGGCAUCAUGCUCUUCAGUGUGUUCUUCAAGGCGCUGAGGGGGAUGUUGAUUUUAGUUCUUGUGUUUCAUUGCUUCGGGCAGCACAGCGUACAUCAUUGGGCUCAUUACCAGGUACAUUCUUUAGCGUACUUCCAGACUGCGUAUGGGGAUCCGCGGGGCUGUUGCGGCUUUGUCUUCUAGCGGCUGAGGCGCACGGCAUCAUGGGUAGCCUAUGCGAUGCUCUGGAGAAACAUGAAAGCCAUGAAAUAGCGACGGAGUACCUCUCCCUGACGCGAUUUUUAAUUGAUGGACGUCUCCCACCAGACGAUAAACCAUUGAGUAACAGAUAUGUCAUCUACCGGAUACUGAUGUCCCCACUUCCUUCUUCGAGUCCCGCCAAGAUACGCGUCAAGUGGACAAAGGAUGCCUUGGCUGCCUUUGAAAGUGCCCGUCACGGUGGGAUGAAGGCAUUUGUUCAGUCAUACUUCAGGCUUCACCCCAGUUGUGUCCCUAAGAAGUUGAACAGGGAGAAUUCAAAAACCUUCGCACUGCGUUCUGUGAUGCCCCAGGGUUCUUUACAGGAGUGUAACACACUCGUGGCGGUAUUGCCUCGCAUGCUGGCGGUUGCGGAUAAGCCUUCAGGGACAUCAACGCAUGCGUAUGCGCGGGCCGUUGCACAGCGGGCCCGCGUGGGACCAAUGCACACACUCGCGUAUCUUCUUUCCUCGUCAUCUUCCGGCCUUAUUUUGCUCCUUUCAUCCUCUAUUCCCACCAAAGCGGUGCGGCUGGAGAUGAGGAUUUUUCUUCGCGUGUGCCCGUUGGGACCUUCAUCAAUUCCCCUCUUGUCCACAACCUUCUAUACAUCAUACAAGAUGGAAGUUGUGGCAGCCUCGCUCCCAGAGGUGUCUGUGACUGUUGAGGCAACUUGCAGCUCCGACACGGAUGGGUUGAUGGCUGGAUCAUUAUACCGUUUAAAGGAGAGCGUCUCCGCUGAGGGGUGGGGAAUCUGUGGAGUAGAAACGGAUGAAGCCGCUGCAGAGGAGGGAUUACAUGUCGCUGCGCUCACCCUCAGACUUUUGCAUGACGAAUGUGAAGGGGAAAGGGUUAUGUUGUUUGAAACGACAAACGUGCCAGCGUGGCUACGACAAGCGUGUGAUGAAUAA